AUGCACCGGCUCGCGCCCAGUGUGAUGUUCGGCUUGGCCUUCAGUGGGGUCUACGUUGCAGCGACUCCGAAGGCCCGCCGUUUAGGACGCGGCGCUGAUGCGUGCCAGCAAGCCCCCGCAUUGACGAAAGGAGAGAUUCGGACUAUAUACCGGAUCAUGGAGAACCAAAACCCAUUCCCCGAGCAGGCGGUGCGGCGGGCAACGCCGCUCAUGUGGGCUGUGGCCUCGGCAUUGGGCAAGGCGACCUCUCUGCACGCGUCGUGCGUGUACGUCCACCUCAUGAUUCUGGUGGCCACAACUCUCGGGGCAGUUCAGCUCAAGUACGGUGGCAUCUUAUCCCGACACUGCAAUCUACUCAUGAUCCAGCAUGGCCAACCUGGGGAUGGAAAGUCGGUUGCACUGUGGUUGGACGUGCAAGUGCUGGCCUUCUUCGACAUGAUACGGGAGAGGCGAGCCAAGAAAAAGUACGACGAGGCCGAGCAGAAACACAAGGAGGACCCAGAGAACAACCCACAGCCGGCGAAAAAAGAACAUGCUAAAGACACCAUCUUCAACAAAGGGACGUUCAUCGGCCUCGGGAACUUCAUGCAGGCGCAAGGGGAGACCGCAUUUCUUGCGCUACACGAAGGGAAAACAUGGCUACCCCAGACCUUCGACAACGGCCCAGGCGGCCGCAUCGACGACCUGAACCAGAUUCACGAUCAUGACAUGUACAAGAACCAUCCUGGGAAUACCCAGAAUCGUUUUCUCGUGCGAAGCCCGCAUUUGUGCGGAGCUGUCAUGAUGCACGUCGAAGAAGUGUACGACCAGGCGCAGAAACCCGACACCACCGCGGGCAUGAUGCGUUUCCUGAUCGGACAUUUCUCAGCCGUUGUCAACAAAAUCCGUCCAGACGUGCCGGCAGCUCAACUCACGCGCCUCUUGCUGGACGACCCGGACUACUUCAACGACCUUGACUACGACGACGUCGUAACCGCCAUUGGCAAGGUGAUGCUUGUGGCAUCGGCGCUCUAUGUGCGAGGCGAGGAACGUGCGGACGAGAAGGGCAAAACCAACAGGUACUCCAGGGUGCGGGGGACACACUUCCUGCCGUGGGCCGAGGACGUCAAGGACCACUUCCGCAAGCAAUUCAACCAGGCAGCGGACUACGUGCGCGAGGAGGCACGCGCGUCAAAAGGCGCAGAGGAGGGCAGCGAGCAUGCCACUGCGCGGAAGGACAUGACGAGAACUCUCCAGUACAUCCCCCCGGUGGACAUCGGGGAGAAGGUCAUCGAGUAUUUGCUGAAGAAGGCUGGGAAGACGCCAGAGAUGAUCAAGGAGAUGACAGGCGAGGAUAUCGUGACGUGCCUCGGGCAGGGCACGGUACCUCAUGACUUCGUUGACUCUGUGGACCGGAUUCAGCGCUCCUCCGUGGACGUGGCGGUAGCCUUGGGGGACUGGUUCUCGGGCAACUUUCGCAUGAGUAUUAAUGCGAGGCAAACGGCGCAGACAUUCAUGCGGGAGCGCGCCACGCAAGCAGCCGCGCCUCCUGCCACGCUGGCGUCCAUCGAGAAGAUUGUCAGCCCAGCGGUGUGCGCGAGGGUGAAUCUCAUGGCGACCCUCCGCAACAUCGCCAAUAAUUGGGACUUCAAGGCCUUCGCCCAGAAUCCAUGCACGACGGAGGUCCAGAUCCACGCCGUGCACGUGGACCUCAUCAUCUUGACCAUAAUGGGCUUCCUCGCAGUGGGCCCUGGGCGCGCGACCCUCGCAGCGUACAAGCGGGACAGCGAGAGCUUCGUCAAGGCGUGCAACAGGAUGCUGGACUGGGACCCGGACGUGUCCAUGGAGGAGUUGCGGCAGAUUGUGCCAGAAGCUGACGAGGAUACGGACCUGUUGGAGGGCAAGGCGGUGGACUUCUCGAGCUUGCAGUCGAUCGAAGCACCCCACGCCGAGAAUGUACCGCUUGAGCCCAUCCCCGCAUCCCAAGUGGUCCCGGCGACGCCUCCGGAGGCAACGGGGGCGGCGGCGCCCGGUGAGCAGGCGCAGGGAGUGGCGGGACUAACCCAGGCUGCGCCUGGGGCCGAUGAGGCCGAGGGGUCGGGGUCGCGGCCGUUGAAGAAGUUACGCAUGGAGCCGCCCCUUCAGGCGGAGGAGUUCAAGACAGAUGCCGGCCUGAAGAAGAAGAUGUUGCUGUCGGUGCUGCAGUCGUCGCAAGAUCCGUGCAAUUUGAGCAAGAAUGCGGGCUCCUUCAAAGGCAACGUCGACACAAUCGAAGCGGCGCUCCGCGUGGUGUUCCGCUUCGUGGUGGCUGCUAGGCUGGCUGUGUGGACCCGGGCCAGGAGCAACAGCGGCGUGUCCGUGCGUGGCCCGCCCCCAGCGCACGCCGAGGCCGUGUGCGAUGAGAUCGCGCAGAAACUCGGGUUGCAUGCCCGUGACAAGAGCAAGCUGCAGGGGAGCCUGGGCGCGAAAGCCACGGAUGACGAUUUCAACGUGGAGGAGUUCAAGCGCGUGAGCGCGCUGCUGGGCGACAGCCUGAAAGAAGCGUGA